ACCCUCUCCCCUGUUCAGUCACUCCAUCCUACAUGACAGCGCUGGUCAGGGCGUCAUCUCGUCUGGGGUCUUCACACGGUGGCUGUCUGACACGUCUAUGCUUGAGGGUGGCCGUAUUUGUCAGUGAUGUUUGGUCGGCCCUGAAACGUCAGGACAUCAGUCACAGUCCUAAGUGAUUGAUUCAUGUCUGUGGAAUGGUGGUUUUAUCAUUAUGGCGUCCACAUGGGUAUCAGCCGUUGCCGUGCUGCUGGCAUUUGGGAAUGCCGUGAGAAUUGACGAUGACCCUUUGCCGUGUGGCGAGGUCCAGGCGUCCAGCUCGGUGGUGGUCCUGGGCUCCUGCGUGACCGCCACCUGCGUCAUCAGAGAGGACUGUCCUCUGGCCAAGGGACGCAGCGUUGACAUAGAAUGGCACCUCGGCCGCCGCCUUCUCCCCAGCAGCCCUGUAGCCAACGUCAGCAGCAGGACCUCCACGGUGGUCAUACCGAGCUUCAACGACACCCGGGCCCACCUCACAUGCUGCAUUCAGGCCUCCUCUUGUCAAGUAAUUGGAGGAAUUGAAAUCAGAGCUGGAUAUCCACCGACAGUCCCACAAAACCUCACCUGUCAGACAAACCUGACCAGCCCCAACAUCAUGAUCUGUAGCUGGGACCCCGGACAAGAGAGCACCCACCUACCAACAAAGUAUACCCUCCACACAGCGAUACGGGAUUCAGAGGAAACUCAUACAUAUGAGCUACCAGCAGGGAUCCAUCGCUACACCAUCCCUCGCUCUGACUUUGUCUUUUUCUCAGACAUGGAGAUAUUUGUCAAGGCAGUCAAUACACUCGGUGAAGCCACCUCCACACCAAUCGUUUUGGAGCCACUUAGGUCAGCCAAAUUUGACCCUCCUGUUCUGAGGGUUCAUGCUGAGCCACAUCGGUACGGCUGCCUGGGACUGAGCUGGGCUUUGGCCCCUGACCAGGCCUGGUUGUCGGACGCAUCGCUGAGCUUCGAGGUGCGGCUGAAACCUGAGGAGAGCAGUCGCUGGAGUGAACCGAUUCCUGUGAGCCGGGUCAGCUCACGCAGGCCUGUGGAAGUAUGCCGGCUGCUCCAUGGGACGGAGUAUCACACCCAGAUCCGAGUCAGAUACCAGCAAAGCCCCUGGAGUGAAUGGAGCGGCGAGUGCCGCGGAGCCACUUUAGAAAAGGCUCCCACUGGGCGACUGGAGGUCUGGAUGAAGGCGACUGGGGAGCAGAGGGGAAGACAUCUCGGCAAACAGUUGUUUUGGAAGCCAUCGAAACAAUUCCGCGCCAACGGUAAAAAUGUGUCGUACAUCGUCUCGCUCCAAAGACUGCCAGGUGAGAAGGGACAAGUGUGCUCUACGUCGGGACGCUGUUGCUCUUUCCAGCUUCUGAGAGGAGUAAGGAAAGUGUUCCUACGUGCUGCAAAUGCAGCGGGAGAAUCCAACGCCACCGAGGUCCCCGUGUUGCAGCGAAAAGCUCGUGGGGCAAUAUCCUACAUUACAGUCCUUCCUCGUGACGAUGACGGCUCCCUGCUGAUCCAGUGGAAAAGCAGGGCCUAUUCCGCCAUCACUGGCUAUGUUGUGGAAUGGGCACCUUGGUUAAAUAACGACCCCUCCCUCGUCCUUUUUGAGCUGGCCAACAGAACCCAGUCAAGCCUUUUGAUAACAGGCAGUUUCGAGCCAUAUAAACCCUACAGGAUCUCAGUAUAUCCGAGGUUUAAGGAUGGCGCAGGCCUUCCCAACGAGGUUCUUGCAUAUACUAGACAAAAGGCACCAUCCGUGGUACCAGAAAUAAAGGUCAAAGACACCCGGCAAUCCUACGUUGAGCUAACCUGGGAUGAAAUUCCAAUAGGACAAAGGAAUGGGAUUAUCCAAAACUACAAGGUGUUCUACUGGAAUAAGGAUGACCACAUUAAAGUUGUUAAUGCCGACACAGAAAAGCGGAGGGUAGUCCUGACAGAGCUCAAUACUGUGUCUUUGUACAGCGCUUUGUUGAUGGUUAGCACAGAUGGCGGGAGCCUGAAUGGAUCCUUAAUUACCUUCAAAGUUGAACCUUUGGAUGCUGUUGCUGUUAUGAUGAUUGUAAUUGCAUCUUGUGUUGGAUUUUCUUUGCUAAUUAUUAUCACGGUGUUAACUUGCUUCUCCAACCACAAAUGGUUGAAGGGGCAUUUUUGGCCUAUAGUUCCUGACCCAGCAAAUAGCAGCAUCAAACGAUGGACAUCGGAAACUAUUCAGAAUUUUAAUCCCAAUCAGGAUAUUCCAGAGCCCAGUCCUGUGUACCUCUCCCAUCUCAGCCUUCUGGACUUGCCCAAGAAGAUAGAUCAUGUUGAUAUUGGAUCUUGGCUGCACAGUGAGGACACCAGUGACCUGGGAGAGUCCAUUUGCGAUUCACCGGUCAGCCCCGGGUACUCUGGAACAAACAGCGAGUCAGUUCCAUAUGCUACCGUGAUCUUCUCUGGUCCGUACAUGAGUCAGUCUUCCAACCAGCGCCAUGUCUACUUACGCUCUGAGUCCACGCAGCCACUCCUGGAGGCAGAAGAAACUUUCAUGCCGAAGAGCUACCAGAACAUGCCCGUUGAAAGGAAUGCUAAGGAUCAGUAUUUCUUUGGACAAUGCCAAGGUGGAGAAAAGACAGAUUUAGGCGAUCUUUGGGAUGACUUUCCUUUGCUCCAAGCAUUGGCCAUGAGUAAUACUCAAAAUGAAAUAUAAGGGUACUUAACUAUCCAUCAGGAGAUUUUUUUUUUUUUUUUUGCUAGGUCUAGUAAAAAUGCAAUGGAAACCAAUAGAGUUUGUAUGAUGAGACAGUUGAGUUGAUUUGUGUUUUUUCUUUUGCUUUUUUUUUCUUUACCCUGAAGUUGUAAAUGCGUGAUGCACCAAGACCUUACCGAAGCUUGGGCCAGACAUAAAUAAAAGGUCCACAGGGCCACAAAAAAUUUUUUUUCCAAACAUAUAUAUAUAUAUAUAUAUAUAAUUUGAUUAUCUUUUUUUUAGUGGGAAAAAAAGCAGUAGCCAGUCCUAUUCCCUCUGCGCUCUGCUUUCACUCACAGCAGUUGGGGAAGGGACGGGCCUAUCACCUUAAAGAAUACCAAAACAAUUAUGUGUGUGUGUGUGUGUGUGUGUGUGUGUGUGUGUGUGUGUGUGUGGGACGGGGUUAAUCAUUGUUAAU